CUGCUCUCUCAGUUACUGAAAGUGGCCGCCUCUCUGCCGCUGCCGGCCCAGCGCUCACAGACUCACCCUGUAGCUCAGAACCGCCAUUUUGGAGACAGCGAGCGGAGAGCCGGCAGCCGCUGAGAGAGUGAGAGAAAAGGGGACGCGGGGCUAAGGCUUUUCUUCUGCUUCUCGAGACCUGCAUAUUGGAAAUGAGGAUACUCACAUCACAUUUUCAUAAAGUACCAAUACUACCAAGAACAAAGCUCCUACCUCAGUGAGUGUUUGCGCCCAGGUGUGCGUCAGAGCCACGCCCCUUAUGGCUACACAGCAGGGAGAGGUAGAAAAUGGUGUGUGCUUGAAGCUGGCCAGACCUCUCCACUUGCAGCACCUGGAGAGAUCCCUCAGGCUGGAUGCCUUCCUGAGGCAAACGGCCACUCUCUUCAACAGAGACAUCUCCAGUGAUGAGAGUGAUGAUGGUUUGGGGGAGGGUCCCACCCUGGUUCCCUCGGACCCCCAGUCACCAUUGCUCAGGGUGAAAGAGGAGCAUGUGGAUUCAACUGAAGGCAUGUCAGUGCCUGGUCUUGGCGGACUCGCCGAAACCAGUGCUGUCAAUGGAGCCCUCCUGCAAGAACAGAAAAUGGACAAGGCCAGUCUGUAUAACUUCUCCAAAUUGAAGAAAAGUCGACGAUGGCUCAAGGGCAUUCUACUCACUGACGACACCACGGACUCAGACACGGACUCAGACGACUCAGACUUCGCUCUGUCCCGUGAGGAGGUGCAGGAUAUGCUGAGGUUGCACAAGUUCACCAAACUGCAUCAGGGCAGGUUCCACGCGGACCGAGAGCUGCAGCAGUACCAGCACUACAGCGUCGGACUCCUCUCCACCCAUGAUCCCUUCUAUGAGCAGCAGCGCCACCUGCUGGGCCCAAAGAAGAAGAAGAUCAAAGAGGAAAAGAAACUGAAGGCCAAACUAAAGAAGGUGAAAAAAAAGAAGAAACGUGGGGAGGACCUCUCUGCUGAGGGCCGCCCCUACAUCACCAAAAUCUUCGCAAAGUUCUCUCAUGAUGCCCCACUGCCCAUGACUAAGAAGAAGCACCUCACUGUCGAGCAGAUGAAUGCUCGCAGACGCAAAGUCUGGCUCACCAUUGCCAAGAAAGAAAACCCCAAGGCAUUCAAACAGAAAGCUUCUGCUCGCAACUUUGUGUUAACCAAUGCCAGAAAGCUGGCCCACCAGUGUGUGCGGGAGGUCCGGCGGGCUGCCAUCCAAGCCCAGAAGAACUGCAAGGAAACACUGCCCCGUGCUCGUCGCCUUACCAAGGAGAUGCUGCUGUACUGGAAGAAGUAUGAGAAGGUGGAGAAGGAGCACCGCAAGCGUGCUGAGAAGGAGGCUCUGGAGCAGCGGAAACUGGACGAGGAGAUGAGGGAGGCCAAGAGACAGCAGAGGAAGCUGAACUUCCUAAUCACGCAGACAGAGCUGUAUGCCCAUUUCAUGGGCGGCAAGCAGAAUGCUGGGGCUGAUGAGAUACAGGAGGAGAUCCUGCGCAAGCUGGAGGAUAGCUCUACCCAUCGACAGAUCGACAUCGGUGGGGGCGUGAUGGUCAAUGUCGGCCAGGAGGACUAUGACAGCGAAUACUACAAGUCGCAGGCCCUGAGGAAUGCAAAAGAGGCCUACCAGAUCCACCAGGCGCGAACCAGGCUUUUUGAUGAGGAGGCCAAGGACAGUCGCUCGGCCUCCCUGCGAGUGGCCAGUGACUCGGGUUCAGGCUCAGGCUUUGGUGAGAGCUAUAGCCUCUCCAACCCCUCCAUCCGCGCUGGCGAGGACAUCCCCCAGCCCACUAUUUUCAACGGCAAACUCAAGGGCUACCAGCUCAAGGGCAUGAACUGGCUGGCCAACUUGUAUGAGCAGGGAAUCAAUGGCAUUCUAGCAGACGAGAUGGGCCUGGGGAAGACGGUGCAGAGCAUCGCUCUACUGGCACACCUAGCAGAGCGUGACAACAUCUGGGGGCCCUUCUUAAUCAUAUCCCCUGCCUCCACCCUCAACAACUGGCACCAGGAAUUUACCCGCUUUGUCCCCAAAUUCAAGGUUCUUCCCUACUGGGGGAACCCUCAUGAUCGAAAGGUGAUCCGUAGGUUCUGGAGCCAGAAAACACUGUACACUCAGGACGCGCCAUUCCACGUAGUCAUCACCAGCUACCAGCUUGUGGUACAGGAUGUCAAGUACUUCCAGCGGGUCAAGUGGCAGUACAUGGUUCUGGAUGAGGCCCAGGCCCUGAAGAGCAGCACCAGCGUGCGCUGGAAGAUCCUGCUGCAGUUUCAAUGCAGGAAUCGGUUGCUGUUGACAGGGACGCCUAUCCAGAACACCAUGGCCGAGUUGUGGGCGCUAUUGCACUUCAUCAUGCCCACCUUGUUUGACUCCCAUGAAGAGUUUAACGAGUGGUUCUCCAAGGACAUUGAGAGCCAUGCCGAGAACAAGUCGGCCAUUGACGAGAACCAGCUCUCCCGGCUGCAUAUGAUACUGAAGCCCUUCAUGCUUCGGCGGAUCAAGAAGGAUGUAGAGAACGAGCUCUCAGAUAAGAUCGAGAUCCUGACGUACUGCCAGCUGACAGGCAGGCAGAGGCUGCUGUACCAGGCUCUGAAGAAUAAGAUCUCCAUCGAGGACCUGCUGCAGUCCUCCAUGGGCUCAGCUCAGCAGGCCCAUAGCACCACCAGCAGUCUGAUGAACCUAGUUAUGCAGUUCCGCAAGGUGUGUAAUCAUCCAGACCUGUUUGAGCGGCAGGAGACGAAGUCGCCAUUCCACAUGGCCCUCAAACCCUACAUCAUGUCCAAGUUCCUCUACCGCCAUGGUCUGAUCUCCAGCUGCAGCCAGUGGCGGACCAGGCUCCUCCAGGUGCUGCUCUCCCCAUUCUCCCCCCAUCACAUCCAGCAGUCUCUGUUUCACAAGAAUGCCAAUGACAAAGCCAGCUGCUUCUCCUUCCUCCGUUUCAUCGAUGUGUCACCGGCCGAAAUGUCCAACAUCAUGCUCCAAGGAUCCCUCUCCAGGUGGUUAGGUCUUUUUUUGACUCUGAAGUCCUCAUACCGGCUCUACCAGCGCCGCCUGUGGGGCGCCGAAGGGGGGCACACGGAUGGGCGAUCACUGUACCUCUCCCGCAGGGACCUGAUCCUCUGGCCAGAUUUGUCCACCUCAUUUCCUAGCACCCAGGACAGCCCAGUGCUAAAGGACCUGGUAUUCACACGGCACUGGCCCGGGGUGAUCGGCCAUGUGGAUGUCCUGAUUCACCGGAGACGAGUUGGCACAUCUCCCGCCCUGCGCUGCCAGCCCAUUGAGCCACCUAAGUUCCUGCUGGCCUCUGUCCCCAGGGUGACGGCAGUCCCCAUGGAGCGUUACUGUGACGACCGCAGUGCAGAGUAUGAGUGGCGGGUGAUGAGGGAUGGUGGCAGCAUCGCCGCUAAGCAGUGCUUCCUGUAUGGGACCCCCGAACUUGCCACAGUCUGGGCCACCCACACACAGGCCUUCUUCCCAGAAUGCCCGGGGGGAAUAAUGGCUCUCUAUCCCCGACACGGCUGGUCUUUCAUCCGCAUCCCAGACAAGGAGACUCUGAUCACAGACAGUGGGAAGCUGCACACUCUUGACCUGCUACUCACACGCCUCAAGUCCCAGGGCCAUCGCGUCCUCAUCUACUCACAGAUGACCCGCAUGAUCGACCUGCUAGAGGAGUACAUGGUUUACCGAAAACACACCCACAUGAGACUAGACGGGUCGUCUAAGAUUUCAGAGAGGCGGGACAUGGUGGCUGACUUCCAGAGUCGGACGGAUAUCUUUGUGUUCCUGCUGAGUACCAGAGCUGGAGGCCUGGGCAUCAACCUGACCGCCGCAGACACUGUGAUCUUCUAUGACAGUGACUGGAACCCCACGGUGGACCAGCAGGCCAUGGACCGUGCCCACCGGCUGGGCCAGACCAAGCAGGUGACCGUGUACCGGCUCGUCUGCAAGGGGACCAUUGAAGAACGCAUCCUGCAGCGGGCCAAGGAGAAGAGCGAGAUCCAGAGGAUGGUGAUCUCUGGCGGGAACUUCAAGCCGGACACGCUGAAACCCAAAGAGGUGGUCAGCCUGUUGCUAGAUGACGAGGAGCUGGAGAAGAAGUUGCGCCUGAGACAGGAAGAGAAGAGACAGCAGGAGGAGAGCACUAAGGUGAAGGACCGCAAGAGGAAGAGGGAGAAAUACGCUGAGAAGAGGAAGAAGGAGGAUGAUCUGGACAGUAAGAGGAGGAAGGAGGGCGUGAACAUGGUCAUCCCCUUCGCCCCCUCAGCUGACAACUCCAACCUGUCGGCCGAUGGAGACGACUCCUUCAUCAGCGUGGACAUGGACUCAGCCAUGCCAAGCCCCUUUAGCGAGAUCUCCCUGAGCAGUGAGCUUCAGCCUGGCUCUAUACCAGCGGACGAGAGCAGCAGUGACAUGCUGGUAAUUGUGGACGACCCCAUGUCCUCAGCCCCACAGUCCCGCGCGACUAACUCCCCUGCCUCCAUCACUGGCUCUGUCUCUGAUACCAUGAACGGUGUCUCCACCCAGGACACAUCCAGUCCAGGCAGGGGGAGGUCUGGGCGGAGCCGCGGACGGCCCAAGGGCUCUGGAGGGGGUGCCAAGUCUGGCGGGAAGGGACGAAGCCGCAAGUCGACGGCGGGCAGUGCAGCUGCCAUGGCGGGUGCAAUGGCUGGGGCAGCGGCAGCAUCAGCAGCAGCAUAUGCUGCAUACGGAUACAGUGUGUCUAAAGCAACCAGCUCCCUGCAGCCCUCAUUGGCUCACUCCUCAGCCACGCCCACCUUUGUACCAAGUGGCACCUCUUCUCCCCACUCCUCCAACAAGGGCGGGGCCAUCCCAGCAAGUUCCCAGACGCUAGGCAGAUCGCACAACCCCUCCACCCCCUCCCGAAAAGGCAAAGGACCCUCGGGGGGGCGAUAGCAAAGAAACCCAGCUUUCCAGCAAGCCUCUUCUCCCCUGAAGCCUCUGUUCCCCUACAGAGUUCAUAGUCCUCCAUUUUAAACCAAAUCAGCUUAGACAGUCAACUAUCCUUCCAUAUCGUAGAGUCCCUUUAUUUCAACUGAACAAAGAAAGGUCUGUGCCAAACCCGCCUAAAACAUUCCCUCCGAGACUCCCGUGGUGGAGGUGAUGAUGGUGGCUGGAUGCUCCAGCGUAAUCACAGAAAUCACAUUGAGAGGAGGAGCACAGUCUUCAGAAUUCACCUUGUCUGCACGCUUACCAACCUGCCCCCUGACCCCCUGCCUCCAGUGCCGAGUCACCUGGCAGUCCCAGUGUGGUAGUCAACCCAGCAUGCUCAAGACACAAGCCGACGAUCAAGGGCUAAGUGCGAGCCACUCCUCCGGAGCCUGUCCUGAUGGUCCUCCUGUCAGGAAAACAUUGUGUACAUAGUGUGUGAAAGAAGGUCCAUUGUCAAAAUGCUUAUGCAUCAACCAUCUGAGCCACCUCAGGUCUUUAUCGAGCCCUCUCCAGCAGAAUGAUUCAGUCAGGAGCAUGCUAUUCCAGAGCAUACAUAUGAUUGUCCAUUAAAAUAUACACAGUCCUGUGUACAAGGUUCUAGAAAUGAUCCCAACUAAUACACUUAAACCUGCUUUGUGUGGAUACAGAGUAAAUCUGACCCCAACUGUAACAUAGUUGUAAAACUAGUAAGAGUAAAGGAGUAAAACUAAGUGUUCUUUUUUGUCCCUAGCUGGAAAAUACUUUAAAUGAAUCCGUUUUCUAAAAGGUGUCUGUUGAGAAAUCUGUUUCACAGUUAGUUUGAGUACUGUUUGCUUACUGCAGUUCAGUGGCAAAGUAUAGGUCUGUUGAAAACACAAUGCUGAAAAAUUGCUUUUUUUUUAUUGUUCAUAUUUUUCUAAAGGAGAUUUCAUGUUAUCACACCAUCCUCUCUUGGUAUUGUUAAUCCUUAAAGCAAAUAUGUGAGCUUAAAACAUAUAUUUUUUUCUGAGGAGAAAAAAAUUGAAGUUGGGCAUUGUUUUGUAGUAAACAAAAUGUAAAAAAAAAUU